CGGGACACGAUGGCGAUGGCGAUGGGCAUGGCGCGCGUCUUCGGAUGCAGCGCGACGCGCGUGGGCGGCAAGAGCGAGGGCGUGUUCACGCUGUCGCGCCGCUGGGCUACCAAGAAGGCCGGCGGUUCCACCAAGAACGGCCGCGACUCCGAGUCCAAGCGUCUGGGCGUCAAGAAGUUCGGCGGCGAGAGCGUGCUGGCCGGCAACAUCAUCAUCCGCCAGCGCGGCACCAAGUACCACCCGGGCACGGGCGUGGGCAUCGGCAAGGACCACACCAUCUUCGCCACGCGCGACGGCUUCGUGCGCUUCUGGUACAACACGCCCAAGAAGCGCCAGGAGGUGUCGGUCAAGAGCACGCGCGAGGUGCAGCGCGCGGUGGCCAAGGCCAGCGCUUAGAGGGCAGAUACGCAGGGUAUUGGACAGACGGAGACGUCGAGAAUGUUAACAAGUGGGUGGGGGAUUCUUCGUCUGU